AUGGACAGUAUCCAGCGGCUGCUCAAGAGUGUAUUUCCAUGCGUGGCCCGCUUUUUUGUGCAGACAGUGGUGGACGGCGUAAUGGCAUGGAGGCACAUCCACACGACGCUUUACGUGCUGUUUUGCUUCUUCACAGGGCGCAGCCAUCUUGCCUAUCCGCACCCGCUGCGUCAGCUGAGAAUGAAAAAAGCUGCGAUGGCACGGAGCCGUUGCCACGUUGAGACCUCAUUGCCCCGCACUUCGUCAUGUGGCAGCACAACAGCAGAGUUCGCAGAAUCCUCUCUCGAUGAUUCAUCACCGAAAGAGAACAGCGGCAGGGACGGUCGCGCCGCGUCGACAGAACGAACUGAUGGCUCCUCUAGCGGGAAAGAUGACGUCAUGGAGGGUGAAUGGUGGGUCCAGCGCCGGCUGCUGCGGGGCCGAAAGGGUGAGCUUGCCGAGUGGCUGCCAAAUAGCCGGACCACACUCCUUGUGUCGCCACAGUAUCACCUGCGCUACUCUGAGAGCCUGCACCGCCUCGUGAGCAAUGUCGUGGGUCCCAUUCAGCAGCCCACAGUGUCAGUAUUGCCCACGAGGCACACUGCCCCGCAAUGGCCGCCGCAUUCCUACGGUCGAACUCCCGCAAGACAUGGCGGUCACUUUGAUGAGUUGUCCUUCACCACUGACGAGUACAGCAGCUCCACCAGCGUCCCACGUCGUCCGCAGUGGGGUGUGACUACAGGGCGUCGCGCUGAGACUGGUAGUGUUGACAAGAAGUUCCUGCAUGGAUUCGCUUCAGUGGUCUAUCGGCGCGAAAGCAGUAAACGAAUUCAAUUUGACCGUACGGUCGGCUCGAGAAUGCCGAUGCAUUCCAUCGCCUCCAUCACCUCGCACCACGUGCUUUCCUAUCAGGCCACGCGGCAGAAGGUUCUUAUUAUGGAUCUUGACGAGACACUUUGCUUUGUUUCAACCAAAAUUGGCGCCUUUCGUCACCCACCAACGUUUUCAGAGGUAAUACCAACGGCUUCUGGAGCAGAACUGUUUUUUGUAUGGGAAAGACCUCAUGUGAGGCUUUUCCUUAGUACAAUGGCAAAGCUUUUUAACAUCGUUCUGUUUACUUCUUCAACAAAACCGUAUGCGGACUCCAUUCUUCGUCGCCUUGAUCCCGAGCACCUCAUCCAACGGCGCUAUUAUCGCCAGCACUGCAGACACGCAACACGUUCUGCCUUGGCACCGUCUGCGGGGCGAAGCGAUGCAGCUAAUACAGUCUCUUCUAGUGAUGCAAGUUUGAGUGAUGCGGCGGACACUGUGGUCUCCGCAACUCAAGAGUACGGGUCUGCUAAACCGAAUGUUAGGCCCAUUGUGCUCAGUCGCAGUGGCGGCGAGCGUUUCAAGACACACAACCGCGGUAGCGGCAACGUAGGUGACACAGUGUUUGUGAAGGACCUGCGCAUCUUGAAGGUGCCACCUGAACUGAUGAUCAUGGUGGACAACGUGGAGGAGUGUGUGGUAGUAAACCGGGAGAAUGCACUCGUCAUUCCUCCAUUUCUUCCACCUGCAAUAGAAGAUUCGGUGAGUGGUGAUACGAAUGAAGAUGUGCUGCUUGCGCUCAUUCCAUUAUUGGAGGCGUUGCUGGUCGUUCCUGACGUGCGAUCUAUCCUCCGGCACGGGUGUGUGGCCCUUCCGCAAGGACAGACGGUGAGCACUCCGGCACCAACAACCUCCGAUGCUUGA